AUGAUAUCCAUUGAUGGUUCAUUUAGAUAUUCUUUAAUAAAAUUUUUGAUUAUCACAUUUAGUGUAAAAGUAAAAAAAUUCUACGUGUAUUCAUCAUAUAAUAAUAUUGAAAUACUUGGGAAAAAAAAUAAAAUAAAACGUAGGCUACUUGUGCUUCUUAUUUUAUAUCUUUUCUCAUUAUCUAUUAUAUUUAAAGGUGUAAUCAUUUUGAGACUACAGUUUAAUAAAAAUCACAUAAGGAAGUUAGCAGAGAUAGAAGUAGAUGCAAAUUGUUGUGAAAGUAAUCUAAAUAAUGUGCGUGUAUCAUGCCAUUCUCCUUUAAGGAAAUAUAUUGAUGAAAGAGUUAAAAUGAGAAAAUGGUCCAAAGUAAAGAAGAGGACAUUGAAAUGGAUAAAAAACAGUUAUUGUGAAAAUUGGACAGAACAAGAUUUAUUCAGAUACAAUUUACAUUGGAAAAGAUGUGAAGCAACAAUGCGAGACAUAAUCAAAUGCUUAAGUAGUAAUCAACAGAAAAGGAUAAUAAAAGACUUGAAUGAAAUGAAUGCUAAGUGGGAAGAAAGACUCAAUGAAAAGGAUAAUAAGCAAAACUCAGAACAUAAAUAA